AUGGCACAGAGUGGAAACGGAGCAGCAUGUGAGAGUGAUCUUACAUCACUUGGUACCGGACAAGAGCUGAACUUUGAUGAUGACACACCGCAAGGUAAAGAUUCUUACAACUGUUAAUAGCGUAUCACCAAAAGGCCUCUAAUAUAGCAAACUAAGGACAAAUGAAGUAAAAUUUAAAAAAAGAAAAAAACCGUCAUUUGAAAACAUUCAACACACGGAGGUGGUUAAAGAGUCAAAGUCGACAGUAUCUCUACUAAAAGUGGGUUUUUCAUUUUCUUUUUUUAUCUAGAUUAGGCUUUUCGCAGAAUUUCUUUUCGAGUUUAUCACUUAUGGCAUAAUGAAUGGUUGUUUUGGUACUAGAGCUUUAUAUACAAGUAAAGAUAGUGUCAAUUUACAGAUUUAUACUAAUUUUUCCAGAUCAAACUAUUAUGGCACAGAGUGGAAACGGAGCAGCAAGUGAGAGAGAUGUUACAUCACAUGGUACCGGACAAGAGCUGAACUUUGACGAUGACACACUAAAAGGUAAAGAUUCUUACAACUGUUAAGACUGUAUCACCAGAAGGCCUUAAAGAAUACAAACUAAGGACAGAUGAAAUAAAAUAUACAAAAAAGACAAAAAACCGUCAUUUGAAAUUAUUCAACAAACGGAAGUUGUUAAAGAGGCAAAGUAGUUAAACAGUAUGUCUACUGAAGGUGUUUUUUUCAUUUUUUAUCUAGAUUAGGCUUUUCGUAGAAUUUGUGAUCGAGUUUAACACUUGUGGCAUAAUGAAUGGAUGUUUUGGUACUGGUGCUUUCUAUACAAGUGAAGAUAAUGUCAAUUUAUAGCUUUAUACUGAUUUUCCAGAUCAAACCAUUAUGGCACAGAGUGGAAACGGAGCAGCAUGUGAGAGUGAUGUUACAUCACAUGGUACCGGACAAGAGCUGAACUUUGAUGAUGGCACACUGAAAGGUAAAGAUUCUUACAACUGUUAUAGUGUUUCACCAAAAAGCCUUUAAUAUAGCAAACUAAGGACAAAUAGAAUAACGACAAAAAAUCGUCAUUUGACAACAUUUAACGUUUGAUACAUGAAGACUGAAAGUCGUUUAACAUUAUCUCCACUGAAGGUGUUUUUUAUUAUUUAUCUAAUAUUAGUUAAUACUAGUUAAUAUUAAUUUAGAGCUUUUUACCGAUUUUUCCAGAUCAAACCAUCAUGGCACAGAGUGGAAACGGAGCAGCAUGUGAGAGUGAUGUUACAUCACAUGGUACCGGACAAGAGCUGAACUUUGAUGAUGACACACUGAAAGGUAAAGAUUCUUACAACUGUUAAUAAUAUUUCACCAAAAGGCCUUUAAGAUAGGAAACUAAGGACAAAUAGAAUAACGACAAAAAAUCGUCAUUUGACAACAUUCAACGUUUGAUACAUGAAGACUGAAAGUCGUUAAACAUUAUCUCCACUGAAGGUGUUUUUUAUUUUUUUUUUUAUUAGAUUAGGCUUUUCGUAGAAUUUCUGGUCGAGUUUAUCACUAGCAUAAUGAAUGGUUGUUUUGGUACUAGGGCUUUAUUUAAAGAUAAUGUCAAUUUUUGCCGAUUUUUCCAGAUCAACUCAUUAUGGCACAGAGUGGAAACGGAGCAGCAUAUGAGAGUGAUGUUACAUCACAUGGUACAGGACAAGAGCUAAACUCUGAUGAUGACACACUGAAAGGUAAAGAUUCUUACAACUGUUAAUAGUGUAUCACCAAAAGGCCUCUAAUAUAGCAAACUAAGGACAAAUGAAAUAAAAUUUACAAAAAGACAAAAAACCGUCAUUUGAAAACAUUCAACAUACGGAAGUGGUUAAAGAGUCAAAGUCGACAGUAUCUCUACUAAAAGUGGGUUUUUCAUAUUCUUUUUUUUAUCUAGAUUAGGCUUUUCCCAGAAAUUCUUUUCGAGUUUAUCACUUAUAGCAUAAUGAAUGGUUGUUUUGGUACUAGUGCUUUAUAUGCAAGUAAAGAUAGUGUCAAUUUACAGAUUUAUACUGAUUUUUCCAGAUCAAACUAUUAUAUAUGGUACAGAGUGGAAACGGAGCAGCAAGUGAGAGUGAUGUUACAUCACAUGGUACCGGACAAGAGCUGAACUUUGACGAUGACACACUGAAAGGUAAAGAUUCUUACAACCGUUAAGACUGUAUCACCAGAAGGCCUUAAAGAUUACAAACUAAGGACAGAUGAAAUAAAAUACACAAAAAAGACAAAAAAACCGUCAUAUGAAAUUAUUCAACAAACGGAAAUGGUUAAAGAGGCAAAGUAGUUAAACAGUAUAUCUACUGAAGGUGGUUUUUUCAUUUUUUAUCUAGAUUAGGCUUUUCGUAGAAUUUGUGAUCGAGUUUAUCACUUGUGGCAUAAUGAAUGGAUGUUUUGGUACUGGUGCUUUAUAUACAAGUGAGGAUAAUGUCAACUUAUAGCUUUGUACUGAUUUUCCAGAUCGAACCAUUAUGGCACAGAGUGGAAACGGAGCAGCAAGUGAUAGUGAUGUUACAUCACAUGGUACCGGCCAAGAGCUGAACUUUGAUGAUGGCACACUGAAAGGCAAAGAUUCUUACAACUGUUAAUAGUGUAUCACCAAAAGGCCUUUAAUGUAGCAAACUAAGGACAAAUAGAAUAACAUAUAAAAACGACAAAAAACCGUCAUUUGAAAACAUUCAACAUACGGAAGUGGUUAAAGAGUCAAAGUCGACAGUAUCUCUACUAAAGGUGGUUUUUCAUUUUUUUAAUUUUUUUUAUCUAGAUUAGGCUUUUCGUAGAAUUUCUUUUCGAGUUUAUCACUUGUGGCAUAAUGAAUGGUUGUUUUGGUACUAGUGCUUUAUAUACAAGUAAAGAUAGUGUCAAUUUACAGCUUUAUACUGAUUUUUCCAGAUCAAACCAUUAUGGCACAGAGUGGAAACGGAGCAGCAAGUGAGAGUGAUGUUACAUCACAUGGUACCGGACAAGAGCUGAACUUUGAUGAUGACACACUGAAAGGUAAAGAUUCUUACAACUGUUAAUAGUGUAUCACCAAAAGGCCUUUAAUGUAGCAAACUAAGGACAGAUGACAUAAAACAUACAAAGAAGGCAAAAAACCGUCAUUUGAAAUUAUUCAACAAACGGAAGUGGUUAAAUAGGCAAAGUCGUUAAACAGUAUCUCUACUGAAGGUGUUUUUUUUUAUCUACAUUAGGCUUUUCGUAGAAUUUGUGGUCGAGUUUAUCACUUGUGGCAUAAUGAAUGAAUGUUAUGGUACUAGUGCUUUAUAUACAAGUGAACAUAAUGUCAAUUUAUAGCUUUAUACUGACUUUUUAGAUCAAACCAUUAUGGUACAGAGUGGAAGCGGAGCAGCAUGUGAGAGUGAUGUUACAUCGCUUGGUACCGGACAAGAGCUGAACUUUGAUGAUGACACAUUGCAAGGUAAAGAUUCUUACAACUGUUAAUAGUGUAUCACCAAAAUGCCUUUAACAUGAAAAAUUUAUGGAGAAAUGAAAUAAAAGAUACAGAGAGGAAAAAACCUUCAUUUGAUAACAUUCAACAUUUGAUACAUGAAGACUAAAAGUAGUUAAACAUUAUUUCCACUGAAGGUUGUUUUUAUUUUUUAUCUAAUAUUAGUUAAUACUAGUUAAUACUAGUUAAUAUUAAUUUAAAGUUUUUUGCCGAUUUUUCCAGAUCAAACCAUUAUGGCACAGGGUGGAAACGUAGCAACAUGUGAGAGUGAUGUUACAUUAUUUGGUACCGGACAAGGGCUAAAUUUUGAUGAUGACACACUGAAAAGUAAAGAUUCUUACAACUGUUAACAGUGAAGGACAAAUGAAAUAAAAUUAAAAAAAGACAAAAAACCGUCAUUUGAAAACAUUCAACAGACGGAAGUGGUUAAAGAGUCAAAGUCGACAGUAUCUGUACUGAAGGUGUCUUUUUCAUUUUUUAUCUAGAUUAGGCUUUUCGUAGAAUUUGUGGGCGAGUUUAUCACUUGUGGCAUAAUGAAUGGUGGUUUUGGUACUAGUGCUUUAUAUACAAGUGAAGAUAAUGUCAAUUUAUAGCUUUAUACUGAUUUUCCAGAUCAAACCAUUAUGGUACAGAGUGGAAGCGGAGCAGCAAGUGAGAGUGAUGUUACAUCACAUGGUACCGGACAAGAGCUGAACUUUGAUGAUGACACACUGAAAGGUAAAGAUUCUUACAACUGUUAAUACUGUAUCACCAAAAGGCCUCUAACAUAGCAAAUUUAAGGACAAAUGAAAUAAAAAAUUAAAAAAAGGAAAAAAACCGUCAUUUGAAAACAUUCAACAACGGAUGGUUAAAGACUCAAAGUCGUUAAACAUUAUCUCUACUGAAGGUGAUUUUUUUUUUUUUUCUAAUAUUAGUUUUAAUACUAAUGUUUUAAUAGUGCUUUUAAUAUUAAUUUAAAGCUUUUUGCCGAUUUUUCCAGAUCAAACCAUUAUGGCACAGGGUGGAAACGGAGCAGCAUGUGAGAGUGAUGUUACAUCACUUGGUACCGGACAAGGGCUGAAUUUUGAUGAUAACACAGUGAAAGGUAAAGAUUCUUACAACUGCUAAUAGUGUAUCACCAAAAGACCUUUAAUAUAGCGAACUAACGACAAAAAAAUAAAAUAUACAAAACUGACAAAAAAUCGUCAUUUGAAAACAUUCAACAUACGGAAGUGGUUAAAGAGUCAAAGUCGUUAAACAGUAUCUCUACUGAAGGUGGUUUUUUCAUUUUUUAUGUAGAUUAGGCUUUUCCUAGAAUCAGUUGUGGUCGAUUUUACCUCUUGUAGCAAAAUGAAUGGCUGUUUUGUUACUAGUGCUUUAUAUACAAGUGAAGAUAAUGUCAAUUUAUAGCUUUAUACUGAUUUUUCCAGGUCAAACCAUUAUGGCACAGAGUGGAAACGGAGCAGCAAGUGAGGGUGAUGUAACAUCACUUAGUACCGAACAAGAACUGAACUUUGAUGAUGACACACUGAAAGGUAAAGAUUCUUACAACGGUUAAUAGCGUAUCACCAAAAGGCCUUUAACAUAAAAAUUUAAGGAGAAAUGAAAUAAAAGAUACAGAAAGGAAAAAAACCGUCAUUUGAUAAGAUUCAACAUACAUAAAGACGGAAAGUCGUUAAACAUUAUCUCCACUGAAGGGGGUUUUUAUUUUUUAUCUAGAUUAAAUAAACUUUUUCUAAAAUUUGUGAUUGACGAAUUCCUUUACUGUAUUGCUGAUUCACCAUUACAAAUAGCCCUGCAUUAGCUCCCGCCAAGUAUGAUUCCUAUUUUCCCGCCAACCCGAAAGAUGCACACGCAUCGCAUAACGGUUUAUUAGUGUAAACUACAACUUUAAUGCAUUUUCAGCAUUUUUAGUAUUUUUAACAUCAGAAAGUGAGGAACGGAACGACCAAAUUUGCCCCUAUUUCACAAGUCUGUAACUAAUGUCAUGAUCACCGCCAUCGGAUGAGUUAACAAGUGACAGCAUUUGUCUAAAGGAGGAAUAAAUGAUCUCUGUCGUAUUUUUGGUUUUAAUCUGUAGCAAAGAGACGAAGAUUGAAAUGAACACACACAAAAAUUGCACACGAUAGUCUGUAUUGUACUCUUACCUUUUGUACCCACAAUUAUAAUUCACCAUUUUAUUUUUUUAUACCAUAGCAAGUUUCGUUCCCAAGGGGUAUUCCGGAUUUCAAGAGACGUGGAUGACCGAAUGGGGGCAAAAAUCAAAACCCCCAAACUUCACUGCACCAAAAAUUAUCCCCCCAAAAAAUCCUAUACAGAGCUGCUCACCAACAAUAUUAUUCAGUUAAAAUCAAGCCAACUGAGAAAAUACUUGCCAAAUGUUUCCUAUCCCAAAAGAAUCCCGGAAUUGAAAAUUUUAAACCCAAAAAAUUCUUUUAUCAUCGCCAUCACUUGAAAUCCGAAGUACCUCCACUGGGGUUUCGUUCCACCCUAAAUUUCUUAUUCGAAAGUUUUGCUUAUCACGUACUUAAUAACCGCAAAACAGAUUGUCGAAUACGAAGCAGAAUCAGAGAGACCUAUAAGUCAAAAGGAAAGAAUCACGAAUGGGAAAAGAACCAAGUAUCCUCUAUUUUUUGAAAACUGAAAUACACAGUCAACUGGAAAACGAAGCGCCCUCAACCCCGGUGAAAGGGCCUGCAAUAAACCCAAUGAUAUUGUGUUACUUCUAAACAUGCGGAAUUUUUUGUUAUUUGCUGGGCGAUUUUAGCAUGGUUUAAGUUGUCGAAUUUGUCGAUUUUUCUUCGCUGUGUUACGGAGUUCGGUAUACCACUAGCCGCUCCAAUCUUAAGUUUUUAGCAUGCGUAUACUUCUACUACAAGACCGGCUUCGAUAGUGUGAUAUCGUGCCCAGUUGUGGUAGUAUAAAGAGUUUCACUUUAGUGCUAAACAAUAUUCCCAUGGUAAUUUGCUAUGCGGUUGAAGACCCUCGUUGUACCCAUCAACAGAAACGUUUAGAAAGGUUGCAUUUAUAUUAAUGGAUGACGAAAUCCUAUGGUGCAACCACAGCACCUUCACAUGGUACCAUUUAUUAUAAUUAUUAACAUUAUGAUUAUGACGGAUGAUGUUGAUGAUGAUGAUGAUGAUUAUCAUUAAUUGGAAAGGUUAUUUCAGUGUUAAUCCAAUCUUAAGUUUUGGUAGUUUUUUUAGGGAAAAAAAAGUGCUGUUGUCAAUGUGGUCAUAGCCCCCAAAUAUCUUCAAGUAGCAAACGGGAUUUAUGUAAUUAACAAUGUUUUUAUCACAAACUUUUAUCAACAAAGUAUCACUGAUCAAUAACGAAAGCUGUUGCAAAUUAUGACUAUUAUCUCCCUUAAUGAGUUCUAUGAAUCUCCAAGUAAACUUAACCGAGUUUCACUUGCACGAAAAUGAGAUCUUAUGUUUACAAGCGACAUUCUAAUGAUAGCACAUUGCUGCAAUUGACUCCUGAUUCUGUUUUCAAAUAUGGUUCUGUCACGUGUUACGGAAGUCGCAUUGUAACUCCAUGCUGCUACUAAGUCGAUUGACUACGUAACAAAAAAAAUAACUGAAAAAAAAAACAUCGCUCUGAAUCUGAAGAUGAAUCAGCUUACAAGGUUGUCGAAACGUAAGUUCGCGAUGGUUGGUUACUAGGGUGACGUGAGCGAGUGGGCCACAGAAAUUCUGAAAAGCAGUUUCAUGUCUUGAUUGAAAGCGCAAUGGAAAACUGAAUUAGAAUUCAUGUACUGUCCUGUUCUAUGAAAAUGACUUCACCGCGAAUUUCAUGACUGCCUGCCACAUAAUUUCAAUGAAUUUGUUUCAAUGAAAUGUGCGUUUACCACUUGUGGCAAAAUGGAUGGUUGUUUUGGUAAUAAUGCUUAUACAAGUGAAGAUGAUAUCAAUUUAAAGCUUUUUACUGAUUUUUCCAGAUCAAACCAUUAUGGCACAGAGUGGAAACGGUGCAGCAUGUGAGGGUGAUGUUACAUCACAUGGUACCGGACAAGAGCUGAACAUUGAUGAUGACACACUGAAAGGUAAAGAUUCUUACAACUGUUAAUACUGUAUCCCCAACAAGACUUUAACAUAGCAAAAUAAGGAGGAAUGAAAUAAAAGAUACAGAAAAGGAAAAAAAUUCCGUCAUUUGAAAACAUUCAACAUACGGAAGUGGUUAAAGAGUCAAAGUCGAAGGUGGUUUUUCAAUUUUUUUUUUAUCUAGAUUAGGCUUUUUCUAGAAUUUGUGGCCGACGAAUGCUGAAUUUUCUCCCAGCAGGUAUGAUUUCUUUUUUCCUGCCAACCCGAAAGAUGCACACUACCGCAUAACGCCUUUAAUAAUAGUGUAAGUUCCGUCUAGCGCUACAAAUUUAAUGCUUUUCUAGCUUUUUUGGCGUUUUUAACUCUAGAAAGUGAGCGUAACUAACGACCAAAUUUGCCACUAUUCUGUGACCAAUGUCAUGGUCAACGCCAUUUAUGAGUUAACAAGUGACACCAUUUGCCUAAACGGGGAGUAAAUGACCCCUGUCAUGAUCACUUUUUUUGUUUUAAUAUGCAGCAAAGAGACGAAGACGGAAAUGAACAUAUUAAAAAGUUGCACACGAUAGACCGUAUUGUACUCUUAUCUUUUGUUCUCACAAUUAUAAUUCACUUUUUUAUUUUUUUACACCAUGGCAAGUUUCGUUCCCAAAGGAGUAUUCAGGAUUUUUAAGAGACGUGGAUGAACUAAUUGGGGCAAACAUCAAAACCCGCAAAAGUUCCCUGAACCAAAAAUUAACCCCCAAAAAAUCCUAUACAGAACUACGCACCGACAAAAUUAUUCAGUUAAAAUCAAGCCAACUAAGAAAAUACUUGCCACAUUUUUCCUACCCCAAAAGAAUCCCAGAAUUGAAAAUUUUAAGCCCAAAAAAUCCUUCUAUCAUCGCCGUCACUUGAAAUCCGGACUACCUCAACUGGAGUUUCGUUCCACCCCAAAUUUCUUAAUCAAAAGUUUGCUUAUGGCGUACUUCAUAACCGCAAAACAGAUUGUCGAAUACGAAGCUGAAUCGGAGAGACCUACAAGUAAAAAGGAAAGAACCAAGAAUGGAAAAAACAAACAAGUACCCUGUAUUUUUUUGGAAACCGAAAUACACUCAACUCGAAAACGAAGAACCCUCAACGCCGGUGAAAGGGUGUGCAAUAAACCAAAUGGGUCCGUAAAUUUGAAGCGUGACCAUCCCCUUUGGGUAUUUGCGUUGCCUCGACGUACUCGUACCCAUUGUUGGGUAUUUGGAAUCAAAUGUUUUGGCUCAGGGAGGGGAGAGUAUAGUAGAGGUUUACAUUUUUAGCGCCUUACAUUGAGAAAGUUUGCGGUAUUAUUGUGUUUGGCAAAUUUUCAUGCGGUACUUAUGUAAUUGUGGCCUUGAAUUCUGAUAUUGUGGUAUUUCUAAACAUGCCGAAGUUUUUGUGAUUGGCUCGGGGAUUUUUAGCAUGGUUGUGUCGAAUUUCUCGAUUUCUCUUUGCAGUGUUACGGUGUUCCGUAUACCCUUAGCCGCUCUUCAAUGGUUUUUUUUUGCGCAUGCGUAUACUUCUGCCAAAAGACCAGCUUUGAUAGUGUGAUGUGACCAGUUGCGGUUUUAGAAAGGUUUACCAAACAAUAUUCCUAUGAUAAUUUGUUAUGCGUUUGGACCCAUCAACAGAAAUAAUUAGCAAGGCAUUUAUAAUAACGGAUGCUGAAAUCCUAUGGUGCAACCACAGCACCUUCACAUUUUACCAUUUAUUAUUAUAAUUAUUAUAACUAUUAUAUUAUUAUUAUUAUUAUUAUUACUAUUUGAAAAGUUAUUUUAGUGUUAAUCCAAUCUUAAGUUUUUGUAGUUUUGAAAGUAAAAAAAGUGUUCUUGUGGAUGUGGUCAUAGCAGCCAAGCAUUUUUAAGUAGCAAACCGAAUUUAUAUACUUAACAGUGCUUUUAUCCCGAGUUUUUAUCAACAAAGUAUUACCAAUGACGAAAGCUGUUGCAAAUUAUGACGAUUAUCCCGUUACGUUCUAUAAAACUAAAAGUAAACUUUACCGAAUUUCACUAGCACCAAAAAGAAACAAUUUGUUUAUAAGGAUUAUUGCUGCAAUUGACUCCUGAUUCUGUUUCCAAAUAUGGUUCUGUCACGUCUUACUGAAGUGGUACUGUAACUCCCUGCUGCUACUAAGUCGAUUGACUAGGGUAACAAAAAAGAACUGCAAAAAACGUCGCUCUAAAUCUGAAACUGAAUCAGCCACCGAGAUUGUCGGAAAGUGAGUUGGCAAUGGUUGGUUACUAGGGUGUUCUGAGCGACUUAGCUACUGAAUUCUGGAAAGCAGUUUCAUGUCUUGAAUGAAAGCAUAACGGAAAACUGAAUCAGAUUACGUUACUGUCCUGUUGUUUGAAAAUUACUUCACCGCUCAUUUCAUGACAGCCUGCCACAGAAUUUUGAUUGAUUUGUUCAGUCAACAAAAGUUUUAUACUAAUGUGAGUUUACCACUUGUCGCAAAAUGAAUGGUUGUUUUGGUAACAGUGCUUAUACAAGUGAAGUUAAUAUUAAUUUAAAGCUUUUUACCGAUUUUUCCAGAUCAAACCAUUAU